AUGCAUGCGCAGACCCGAGUUCUCGGGAUUCAAGCGACUCAACCAACUCAGACCACCCAUACGUUUACAUCACUCAGCUAUGUACUUCAUACGAUAUCCUCAACCAGAGCUCCCUUUGAGACACAAUCGAGUGUUCGUCUUGAGCCUCGAGCCAUCAGCACAGAGUUGUCAACAUGCGGCUAUUUAAAUGGCGAUCCAGACAAGGAGAGAACUGCGGACGAAGGAUUUAAUUGUCGUAUUGACGCAAGAAAUGGGAUAUGGGGGUUCUGCCCAACAACAGUGGUUUCUGCGAGUGAUUGCGGCCUUGCCGGCUAUUGUAUCGACCAAGGGAGGUGCUCUACGGGAUGCGGUAUGAUUGAUACAGAUUUAACUACGUUUACAUGCGGUCGUAGCUCGUUUUGUUCAACAGCCAUUCUCACAUUCGGAAUCGACCAGAGCUAUUCAUAUAUCGCAUGUGGAAAGCAUUAUACCGUCGAGAAUUAUCUCGUAUCGCCACUGCCUGCGACUGCAACUACAACAACCGAGCAAACUACCACAUCACAGGAGCCAACAUCCACAGUCACAGUCGAUUCAAGCGGUACAACUUCAACUACUACCGAGGUUGCUGAGACGUCUACUCAAAAGAGCAGUAGUUCCUCGGAAGAGAAACCCUCCCAAAACAAUCUUGGCCCGAUUAUCGGGGGAGUCAUUGGCGGGCUUGUGGUAGUGUGCUCUACUGUCAUUGGGGCCAUCUAUCUUCUUCGUCGAAGAAGAGAUAAAGAGAGUACCCCAAAGCAAGAUACCGCAAAGACGUUUUCGACAGAAAAUGAAUUCAAGGCAAGGCAGGAGCUGCAGGGCGCUUGGGUUAUUGCUGAGAUGUCUGGACAACAGGAAAGCCCCCGGCCAGUCGAGCUGGCUGCUUAG